UUACACAGUAGGCGGCAGUCGGCAUUUAAUAAAAGAUGAAACUACGUCUUCAUGUCAAUUAUUCAGCAGUUGAGUAAAAUCUGAUGAUUUUCUUUAGGAAAAGAAAGAAAUGAAUUAUGAAAGAAAAUGGUCACCUAUAAAUACGGACGAGAUUCCGCCUCCAGUAGUUCCAGGAAUUUAUCGUCCAAAAAAUCGUGUGCCAGGUAUCAAUUCAUAUACACGUAGAAAGAACAUACGAGCCGUACUCAAAAAUGGUCACCUGAAUAUCGAAAGUAAAUCAAAACAAAGACAACUAUUCUCCAACUACAUCGUAGCACUUGUUGAAGCAAGAUGGAGGUGGACCCUUCUCAAUUUUGUAAGCGCACACACGUGUCUUUGGCUUUUUUUUGGAACCAUCUAUUGGAUUAUUUCAUACAACCAUGACGACUUCUCAUCUGUACCCACAUCUCAAAACGCUUCGAAAACAAUACCGUGCAUACGAAAUCUAUAUGGCUUUACCUCGGCUUUCCUCUUCAGCAUCGAAGUUCACACAACGGUCGCAUACGGAAAGCGAGCAAUCACACUUGAAUGUCCCCAGACUGUAACUGCGAUGUGCUUACAAUGCAUUGUGAGCUCAAUAUUCCAGGCAAUAAUGGUCGGCAUACUUUUCGCAAAGUUGACUCGACCUCGAGCCAGGACGCAGACAAUUCUCUUUAGCAGACAAGCAGUUAUAAAUCUGAGAAAUGACAAAUUCUGUCUAAUAUUCAGAGUCGGCGAUAUGAGGAAGUCUAGAAUAUUGAAUAUAAAGCCUCAAGCCUACGUAAUAAGGUUUCAAACUGAGCACAAACAGAUGAAUAUUAGCGAUCAAAUUGAAUUGAAUGUUGAUGUAGAUGAAUGUGAACAAACUUUUUUCCUAUGGCCAAUUACGGUGGUCCAUUGGAUAGAUGAAAAAAGUCCGUUUUACAAAUUAUCAGCAGCUGACCUGUUGUGUAGUAAAAUAGAAAUACUCGUCGUUUUCGAAGGUAUGAUAGAAUCAACCGGUCAAUCGGUGCAAGCGCGGUCGAGUUUUAUAGAGUGUGAUAUAUUUUGGGGUCAUAGAUUUGCGACGAUGAUUGGCUAUGAUACGGAGAGGAUGAUGUAUGAUGUCGAUUUUUCAAAGCUAUCAGAAAUUCAACAGGUCGACACACCUUUGUGUUCUGCGAGUGAAUUUAGUACAUUGUUAUCAGUCCUUUCGGACACUUCACGGGAGUUCACUACAUCGCAUGAAUUUAAUGAAUGGACGUGAGUUGUAACAAAGAGGUGGUUAAAUUGUCUGAGUAUCCCUGAAUAUGUAAAUGAAUAGGUUCAUUUCUGAAUUCAAAUAACUAUCUUAAUUUUUAUUAAUUGCAUCUUUGACUGAUAAAACGCGAACUUAUUACAUAACUUGUACAAUAUUCGAGUGCCUCUUUUAGCAGGUUUAUUUGAUAGUGUUUCUACACUUUUAGACUUAUAAUUUAAAUCAAUAUAAUUAUUUCAAAAAUACUGAUAUUAAGAUCCAAUAAUAAAAAUGCGAAUUUUCUUACCAGUUAAAUUUAUAUAAAAUACUGUAAAAAUUAUACUCACAACUUGGUAAUGAUAGUUUUCUUAUGGGCGUGCAUAAUUUAUAUCAAAUAUUUUUUCAUUCACUGAUAAUUUUAUCUUUUGCCAUCACAAUGAUUAAAAUGUAAAUCAGUGGCGCUACAACCUUUUUAGGUCUGGGCCUCAGAUUUCUGUAUCUGUUUCAUGAUCAUUUGUCAAUCUCAAUAGGUGAUCAACCUCCUGUGCUUGACCAAUAGCCAAUGUCAAAUGCGCACAUAGACAGUCCAUAAUUUAGGUCUGGGCCUCAGAUUUCUGUACAGCCGAGUAUUGAACCUACGUCCAUAGAGAUGAGAGUCGCACGCUGAAGCCACUAGGCCAACACUGCUCACAAUGAUCUAUAUACAAUGAAAGCUCUCUCCACAAGUUAAGAACAAGGUUUGCGUUAGCUAAAUUUUGUAGUCGUGACUCAGGCGAAUUCAAAGUAAACCGAAUAUUUGAAGAAGUUAUAACAAGAUUUAAGAUGAGCCUUAACUAAUUAGUGAAGGUUUUGUCUAUGUUUCAGAAUUAAUUGGCAAAAGGUUUGAAUGAAAACGCUGAAAUCGAGAUACUAUCAUGUUAUGUAAACGUCUGGAGGAUCUAAUAUCGAAUUAUUGUGAAAUAAAACGAGACUACGAGAAAACGUGUUUACUGUUCAUUAUGUAGGUUUUGCUAUUGUAAUUUAAUAUUUUGAGAUAAACGAUGAAACUUGUUUUACAAUGUCUAAUAAUAAGUUUAUAAAUACGUUCUGAAGCCAAUAUCUAUUAAAAUGUUAAUAUUUUAGUCCUUUUUUUGUUUAUCAGUGUAUUACUUAAUCAAUAAAAGUAAUUAAGCGAAAUUGAAUUAAAUAGAAAACAAAAUGAAUAUACUACUACUAAAGUCUAUUGUGUAUUAAACUAAAAUAAAAAAGGUAUUUGAAAAAAAAAUUGUUGGAAGAAGUAAAUACUGUCAGGCAUAGAUAGAAUAAUAAAAAGACAGUCAAUUUUAUUUUAUUUAUGAAAAUAGAUUUACUGUGUUUGCUUUGUGUUUGGUUCUUUAAAAAAAGGUAAAAAUUAAAUACACACGGUAAUAAAAUAUGGCGGUAAAAAAGGGAGGUUAUUAAGGAGCUGGUAAAUAAAUGAAUGAUUAACAACAAUAUUAAGGGUUUCGCAUUGGUUUGCUGAGCUAGAGUUAGGAAGAACUUUCAUUAACAACGACCCCCGAACGCGAAGAUCUACAUCGGUAGUAACUGAAUAAAUGAUGUCUGAAAAGUUGAAACAUUGUGGAGGACUGACGGAAAUUUCCUUGGACAGCUUUGCGAGACCAGAAGGCUAGAGUCCCCGAAGGGAGGUGGGCCAAUUUCACCCAAAUCUGGCAAUGUACUCUUACUUUGCCUUAGCGAUUUCCCGUUUUAUUGAAUAUGCUCAGUAAAUGUGGCGGAGAAUUUCUUGCUAGUUCUUCUUGCCGUUCCACGUCCUUGUUUUGGGAACUAUAAAUUUAGAUCUUCCUUUUUUAUAAAUAUUGACGUUUAUUGUUAAUAAUAUGAUUAAAUUAUUUUUUUAAGUUUAAGUUUAAGCAAUAUAACACAAAUUAACGUUAAAAAAUUAUAUAAAGGUGUAGGUAUAGCCUCUGCAGUGAGGCUUUGGAAUUCACUUCCCGUCCCUAUCCGCUCAACUCCUUCUCUAUCUUCGUUUCAACCUCUACUGCACAACCAUUACGUGUCCACAUCGUGUCCCUAACUUUCGUACGAAGGAAAAGAGCACAUGAAACAGUUAGAUCUGAAAUUAUCCUGUUUCAUGUGUUCUUUUUCUUUUUGAUGUGCUUUUUUUUUAGUGUCCCUUCCACUGAUUAAAUAUGUUUAAAUUGCUUUGCUUUCAUUAGUUUUGUCUCAGUAACUUUGUGUCUUCUGUAGUUUUGCACUUCCUGCGCACUCCUUAACUAUUUUCUUUCACCGUGGCAGAGAUCACUCGAAAGCAGUUGCCGCUAGUUGCCCUCCUUUUUAUUUAAUUAUUUUAAUUGUACUGUAUUUCUGGUUUACUGCAACGAAGUGUUAAUAAAUGAAGCCUGCAAAAGUUUUAAUAA